AAAAGUCUUAAAUUCGGAACUUUAAAUUCAAGGCCUUAAAACGUCUUAAAAACGGCCAUAUUUUCAUCCGAGGUCUUAAAUUUAAUUUAGUCAGGUCUUAAAAAUGGGUUUCUCUCGUUCAUUUCCAGAAACGGGCGCAGAAAGUUAUUACAAAGUAGCAAACAAAAAUUGAGUCAUAAAAUACAUAGCGGAGCUCUAGAGUCUUUGCUACAACGCUGCCCUGAGAACGUUGGUUCGGUGUGUUGUAGUUCUUUCGGGGGAUAUUGGUGAUGGUACGUACGUGGUGAUGGAACUACAAAUCCCAUGAUGAAUGCAUUGCAAUACUUGCCCGCGAAAUACGUUUGUGUCUCCUCAGAGUUUGAAAAGUUUGGUUAUGUGAGAAAAUGGGAAAGUGUAGUUUCAAAGAGUCAUGGCUAGAGCACAUCGAUUUCCGCUGUUGGUUAGUAGCGGUACCCAGCUCCAGGUACGAGGCUCGCUGUAAACUAUGUCUAAAAAAUAUUAAAUUAGGGACUCUGGGUGUGAAGGCGCUGGAGUCACACGCAAGAGCGGAGAAACACAAAGUAGCCAUAAAAUGCCUUCAGCGGACACAACCAAUUAGUGAGUUUUGUGCCUCACCCCUGCCUUCCCUGCCGUCUUCCUCCUCAAUGCCGGGCCCCUCCGGUCUCCAGCGCAAUAUCGCAGCUCCCUCGAACGACCUUCGGGCUACUUUUGGAUCGACUGAUACGUCGAAAGCCGAGGUGCUGUGGAUACUGCACACGGUGACUAAACAUCACUCAUUUAAUAGCAACAGUGAGAUUGGCGAUCUUUUCCGAGUGAUGUUCCCUGAUUCGGUAAUUGCGAAGACGUUCACUUGCGGGCCCAACAAGAUCGCCUAUGUGGCAAGAUUUGGAUUGGGGGAGUUCAUAAAGAGGGAAUUGAUUCGUUCCAUAACCGGGCCGUAUGUCGUAAUGUUCGACGAAAGUCUUAACCAGACCACCAAGACCAAGCAACUUGACGUCCACGUUCGUUUCUGGAAUAAUGGCAAUGUAAAGUCGAGGUACCUGGGUUCACAGUUCAUGGGACAUGGGACAGCGCGGGACCUACUGAAACAUGUCAAAGAGUCUUUGGAUCAAUUGGACUGCAGCAGGCUGAUGUCAGUCUCCAUGGAUGGGCCUAAUGUUAACUUUAAGUUUUUAGAGCUCCUCCAGCUUGACCAUGCUGAGAACUACGGGGGUGCACAACUGGUGUCCGUUGGCAGCUGUGGGCUCCACACACUGCAUAAUGCCUUCAAGGCUGGCUUUUCGAUGUGGCAUGUGGACAAGCUACUAAAGGCAAUGCACACAUUAUUCCACCAUGUUCCAGCGAGGAGGGAGGACUACGUAAGAGUCACCAAGUCCACAGUGUUCCCUCAGCCAUUCUGCGGCCAUCGGUGGCUGGAAAACCUUCCGGUUAUCGAGAGGGCUCUGGCGGUCUGGCCAUCUCUCCAGCUAUACCUGGAUGCUGUGCACAGAAAAGAGCUGCCAAACCCCAAGACGGCAUCAUUUGACACCAUUGAAGCAGCCCACAACGAUCCUUUAACCAUCACAAGGAUGCACUUCUUCAUGACAGUGGCCAGGACCUUUGAUCCAUUCAUGAGGAAGUACCAAACAGACGAACCUGUGAUGCCUUUCUUUGGCAAAGACUUGGCUGAGUUGCUUAAGAGUCUACUGAGGCGCUUUGUUAAAAGGCCGGUCCUGCAAGACAUCACUGCCCUUCAGCUUACCACACUGGACCUGUCUGACAAGAACUUGCUCCUCUUCCCACAGAAGGUUGACAUCGGCUUGGGUGCUGAGGAAGCUCUCAAGGGGAUACCAUUGUCCAACAGUUUGAGUCUUUCCUGUCUGUUGAGGCAAGGAACGAAGAACUUCUCAACUUCCAGCCAUUUGAGAACCGACUAG